UUCCUGUCUCUUCUGGCCGUGGACUGUUGUGGAGAGUAGUCGUCCGUCUGUCUGUCUGCAGAGUCGAGUCUCUCAAACGGUCUAAAGGAUUCACCACCGCUGUGGAAGAGGGAUUUCACAGUAUGGCGCUUAACCUCAUGAUCAACACGAGCGAUCCGCCCCUUGGGGCGCUUCUGGCAGCGGAGCACGUGAAGGGCAGCGUGCAGGUGUCUGUGGAGGAAGGCAAAGACACUCGCCUUCACGUCUCAGAUGCAAUCCAGUUCAAUGAUGCCAACUCUAUCAGUCGCUACCUGGCUCGGGUUGCUCCCGCUCUUGGCCUGUAUGGAGCCAACCUGAUGGAACAGACUGAGGUCGACCACUGGUUGGAGUUCAGCGCUCGUCGCCUGUGUGGUCAGCCUGGUUUGACUGUGGCGCUGCGUGAACUGGAUGUGGCCCUUUCCCUGCGGACCUUCCUGGUCGGACAUGCUCUCACCCUAGCGGAUCUCUCCGUCUGGGCCGCCCUGAAAGGUCACGAGGAAUGGCCCAGCCAGGGGAAAUCCUUCUCCCACAUCAAUCGCUGGUUCUCCUUCCUCAGCUCACAGGUUCCCUUCACUGCGGUGGGCAACAAGUACACCAACAAGAAAGCGCCAAUGACCAAAUCCAAUUCGAGCGAGAAGAAGCAGGAUGUCGGAAAGUUUGUGGAUUUGCCAGGAGCUGAAAUGGGGAAGGUGGUUGUUCGAUUCCCUCCAGAGGCCAGUGGAUACCUGCACAUUGGCCAUGCCAAGGCUGCUCUGCUCAACCAGCACUACCAGAUCACAUUCAAAGGCAAGCUCAUCAUGCGCUUUGAUGACACCAACCCUGAGAAGGAGAAGGAGGACUUUGAGAAGGUGAUUCUGGAAGAUGUUUCCAUGCUCCAGAUUCAUCCCGACCAGUUCACCUACACCAGCGACCAUUUCCCCACCAUCAUGAAAUUUGCUGAUCAGCUCCUUUCAGAGGGCAAGGCCUACAUCGACAACACCCCCCCUGAGCAGAUGAAGCAGGAGAGGGAGCAGCGCACCGAGUCCAAAUGCAGAAAUAACACGGUGGAGCAGAACAUGAAAAUGUGGUCUGAGAUGAAGGCUGGAACAGAAUCUGGUCAGACCUGCUGCAUGAGGGCCAAGAUUGACAUGAAGUCCAACAACGGCUGUUUGAGAGACCCCACCCUGUACCGCUGCAAGAAUGCCAGCCACCCCCGCACAGGAACCUCCUACAACGUCUACCCAACAUACGACUUUGCAUGUCCCAUCGUGGACAGCUUGGAGGGUGUGACCCACGCUCUUAGGACCACCGAGUACCACGACCGCGACGAGCAGUUCUACUGGAUAAUUGAUGCCCUGCGCCUCAGGAAACCCUACAUCUGGGAGUAUGCCAGACUCAACCUCAAUAACACAGUGCUUUCCAAGAGAAAGCUCACCUGGUUCGUCGACCAGGGAUACGUCGACGGAUGGGACGACCCUCGCUUCCCCACUGUCAGAGGAGUCCUGAGGAGAGGAAUGACUGUGGAGGGUCUGAAACAGUUCAUAGCAGCCCAGGGAGGGUCAAGGUCAGUGGUGAACAUGGAGUGGGACAAGAUCUGGGCCUUUAAUAAGAAGGUUAUCGAUCCGGUAGCUCCCAGAUACACGGCUCUCUCCACCUCUUAUGUGGUUCCUGUUUCCGUCCCAGAGGCUACGGAGGAGAUGAAGGAAGUGGCCAAACACCCAAAGAACACAGAGGUGGGCAUGAAGGACGUUUGGUAUGGACCCCGAGUUCUGAUUGAAGGUGCAGAUGCUGAGACUUUCUCCGAGGGCGAGGUGGUCACCUUCAUCAACUGGGGCAACCUCAUCAUCACCAAGAUCAACAAAGAGGCUGACGGUAAGGUCGUGUCCAUGGAGGCUCGCCUGAACCUGGACAACAAGGACUACAAGAAGACAACAAAGAUCACGUGGCUGGCCGAAACGAACAGCGCCCCGCUCCUGCAAACCAUCUGCAUCAACUACCAGCCUCUGAUCUCCAAAGCUGUCCUCACCAAAGAUGACGACUUCAAAGAAUACAUAAAUAAAAACAGCAAGUUGGAGGAGAAGAUGCUUGGAGAUCCCUGUCUGAAGAACCUGAAGAAAGGCGACAUCAUCCAGCUACAGAGACGAGGCUUUUACAUCUGCGACCAGCCCUAUGAGCCAGUCAGUCCCAACAGCUGCAAGGAGAGCCCCUGUGUCCUGCUAUACAUUCCUGAUGGACACACCAAGGAGAUGCCGACUGCUGGAUCCAAGGACAAAGGAAAGAGCCAGGCCUCCAGCAACGCACCUGCCACCUCUACAAAGGCUGCCUCCACCUCUGCCCCAGCGCCUGCCCCAGCGCCUGCUUCGGCCUCGGCCUCAGCCGGUGACCUGUUCUCCAGCAUUGUAGCUCAGGGUGAAUCUGUCCGCCUGCUGAAGACUGCCAAAGCCCCCAAAGACGAGGUGGACAAGGCAGUGAAGCAGCUGCUUUCUCUAAAGGCUCAGUUUAAGGAGAAGACAGGUAUGGACUACAAGCCUGGCAUGGCCACUCCCUCCUCCGCUUCAACCCCACCCACAUCUUCAACAGACUCCGCCUCCUGUUCGUUCACCCGUGUCGCCCAGCAGGGGGAGCUGGUCAGGAAACUGAAGGCAGAGAAGGCACCUAAGGACCAGAUUGAUGUAGCAGUGAAGCAGCUGCUCGCUCUAAAGGCGGAGUUUAAAAAGCUGACUGGUCAGGAUUACAAACCAGGGAUGGCCCUGCCCACCGCCGCCGCCCCUACACCUUCCCUUGCGACCAACUCUUCGUCUUCUUCGGGCCUUUUUGAGCGCGUCGCACAACAGGGGGAGGUCGUGAGAAAACUGAAGUCUGAGAAAGCCCCCAAGGACCAGGUUGAUGCAGCGGUGAAGCAGCUGCUCGCCGUGAAGGCAGAGUACAAACAGCUCACAGGCCAGGAUUACAAGCCUGGUGCUGCCCCAGUUCAGAAAGCCCCUGCCCCAGUCCAGAAAUCUACCGCCCCUGCACCAGUCCAGAAAUCUACCGCCCCUGCCCCAGUCCAGAACAGCCCCAGCUCCGCCCCUGCUGCCACCGGGUUCUAUGAGAAGGUUGCUGAACAGGGAGAAGUGGUCAAGAAACUGAAGGGUGAAAAAGCCCCCAAGGAUCAGGUAGAUGCAGCUGUGAAGCAGCUGUUGGCUCUGAAGGCAGAGUACAAGCAGCAGACCGGACAGGAUUACAAACCAGGACUACAAGUCCCAGCGAGCCCUGCCCAAACCCAGACCAGCUCCUCCUCAACCCAGUCCAGUUCUUCUCCACAGGUCCAGGAGCUGUUCUCACAGGUGGCCCAACAGGGGGAGCUGGUGAGGAAGUUAAAGUCUGAGAAGGCCCCCAAGGAUCAGGUAGAUGGAGCUGUGAAGAGUCUACUGGACCUGAAGAACAAAUACAAGACACUUACUGGAGAGGACUACAAACCAGUGGCUGCCUCUGGAGCUACUGGGGGAGAGGACAAAAACCGCAAGGAGAAGGAGAACAAGUCUGAGAAACAGGGAGGAGGAGCUGCCGGAGGAGGCAAGAAGGGCAAAGGAGACAAGGCCGGUCAGGGCAAAGAAUCCUCAGGAGGAGCAGGAGGAGCAGGAGGAGCAGGAGGAGAAGGGCAAGGGUCCAAGAAACAAACACGGUUGGGUUUGGAGGCCAAGAAAGAGGAGAACCUGGCUGAUUGGUACUCUCAGGUCAUCACCAAAGCAGAGAUGAUCGAGUACUAUGAUGUCAGCGGCUGCUACGUGCUGCGGCCCUGGUCCUACUCCAUCUGGGAGGCGAUCAAAGAGUUCUUUGACCGGGAAAUUAAGAAGCUGGGUGUGGAGAACUGCUACUUCCCCAUGUUCGUUUCUCAGGCCGCCCUCGAGAAGGAAAAGUCCCACAUCGAAGACUUUGCCCCAGAGGUUGCCUGGGUAACCCGGUCAGGAAAAACAGAGCUGGCAGAGCCCAUUGCUGUCCGACCCACCAGUGAGACAGCGAUGUACCCGGCUUACGCUAAAUGGGUCCAGUCCCACAGAGACCUGCCAAUCAAACUCAACCAGUGGUGUAACGUCGUGAGAUGGGAGUUCAAACACCCCCAGCCCUUCCUGAGGACAAGAGAGUUCCUGUGGCAGGAGGGACAUUCAGCAUUUGCCACCCAAGAGGAGGCAGCUGAGGAGGUGCUUCAGAUCCUGGAUCUGUACGCCAGGGUGUACGAAGAGCUGAUGGCGAUCCCUGUGGUGAAGGGGAGGAAGACGGAGAAGGAGAAGUUUGCAGGAGGAGAUUACACCACCACCGUGGAGGCCUUCAUCUCUGCCAGUGGCCGAGCCAUUCAAGGUGCUACGUCCCACCAUCUUGGCCAGAACUUCUCCAGGAUGUUUGAGAUCAUGUUUGAGGACCCAAAGAGGCCCGGCGAGAAGCAGCUGGCUUUCCAGAACUCCUGGGGGAUCACAACCAGGACCAUCGGUGUCCUCACCAUGGUCCAUGGAGACAACAUGGGACUCGUACUGCCUCCCAGGGUCGCCUGCGUGCAGAUUGUCAUAAUCCCAUGUGGAAUCACGGCCUCCCUGCCAGAGGAGGAGAAGGAGGCGCUGUUGGCCCUGUGCUCAAAAUACCUGAGCAGGCUGCUGGCUGCUGGCAUCAGGGUGAAGUCUGACCUCCGAGAUAACUACUCUCCAGGAUGGAAGUUCAACCACUGGGAGCUCAAGGGAGUCCCUAUUCGUCUGGAGGUGGGCCCCAAAGACAUGCAGCAGCGUCAGUGCGUCGCGGUGAGGAGAGACUCUGGUGCAAAGGUGACAAUUCCAGAGGCAGAGGUGGAGACGAAGCUGCCCGCCAUGUUGGAGGACAUCCAGAGCAGCAUGUACAAAAAAGCUUCAAAUGACCUGAAGACUCACAUGGUGGCCGCAGAAACAAUGGAACAGUUCCAGAAAGAGUUGGACCAGGGCAAGAUCGUCCAGAUCCCAUUCUGCGGAGACAUAGAUUGCGAGGACUGCAUCAAGAAAACCACUACCAAGGACCAGGACCUGGAGCCUGGAGCUCCAUCCAUGGGCGCUAAGAGCCUCUGUAUCCCCUUCUCUCCCCUGAAGACGUUGCAGCCAGGUCAGGCGUGCGUCAACUGCAAGCAGCCUGCCAAGUACUACACCAUGUUCGGACGCAGCUACUAAACGGGCGGCUCCAGUCUUUAAAAAGGGGUGAACAUUGUCGUUGAAAAAGGGCUUUCCCACCCUCUCAAGUUUCUUUUUCUUUCUUUUUUUUUUCAUCUUCUGUGAGUGUCCAGGCUAAUAAGGGGUAUGCGGUUGACUAAAUUGUGGGCCUUUUUUUCCCGCUGUUUUUGUUUAACAUAUGACAACACUGUUACAAUGCAUCUGAAAGGAGCCGGAGGUGAAAGAUAAUGUUUACUUGUAGAUUCCAUUAUGAGAGAGAAGGACUGGAGCGCAGUUUUCGCUGCUCCUCUCUAGGGAUCAUGUAAGAAGAACAGUCACCGUCCAGAAGUGGCUCGUACAACAAUGGAAGUUACCAACAGAAACUGGUCGCGUAAUAAAUCUUUCCUGUCUUGCGACUUUGUCAUCAUGUAAUCUGUUGCAGUCCUUCUAAAUAUGAACAGUGAAAUUGUAAACUCUUUCUUGUCUAUAUAUUGUUAUAUAAUGGGUUUUUUAAACUCCCUGCUCAAUAGUUCAUAUUUCGCAUUCUUUUUAGAUCAUAUUUUUGUCAACAUUGAUUUAUUGAGUGGGUUUAGGCCUUUUUUAAAAUCUGGAAAACCCUAAAACCAAUUACCAAAGGAAAAAAAUUUAAUUCCUGAGAAACAUCUCAUCUAUCUGGGGAGGAGUAUCGACUGUCGGUCCCAUCUCUCGCAGCUCAACUUUCUCAGGAACUCUGCAGGUAUUCAGGCUUGUAGGUGGGAAAUUAUUCUCACGGCUCUUGUCAGGCACCCUCCUGUUGGUUUGACCAGUUUGUGAUCCGCCAGAGCCAAUUGAUGUACAGCUGUGAGGAACUCUGUGUGGACAACAGCCAGUCAUGUAGCCUUCUGUCACCUCUCCUGUGAAACAACUUGUCUAUAACAAUAAACUAAUUUCCACACCAAA